UCUGGCAGGCUCGUGGAUCCCCAAUUCCCCAUCAUCUGGUCCCCGUCGCCUUCGUCAACGGCGGCGGCGGUUGGCAACCACUAACCCACCACCGGUCGCCGGCUUCUCCUUUCUUGCUACGCCACCGGCCCGGCUAUUUAUGGAGCCCCCGAUGCAUUAAGCCAGGGCUCACGCCGACGCCGAUCGAGCUACCUCCCACCUACAUCUUGCGGAGUUGCAGUCCUAUCUCUUCCGAUCCGUCCCGCCCGCCGCCUCAGCUUGGGUUAGUUCUUCUCCGCCCGGAGAUCCGUGAGCCAUGGCUGCUGAGACUGUUGUCCUCAAGGUGGCUAUGUCAUGCCAGGGUUGCGUCGGGGCGGUCAGGAGAGUGCUCUCAAAGAUGGAAGGAGUUGAGACCUUUGACAUAGACCUCAAGGAGCAGAAGGUGACAGUCAAAGGCAAUGUCAAGCCUGAGGAUGUCUUCCAGACCGUUUCCAAGUCGGGGAAGAAGACCUCCUACUGGGAGGGCGAAGCCACAGCCCAGGCUGCUUCGGCUCCAGCAACAGAAGCUGCUGCACCAGAGAUCACCCCAGUCAAAUCUGACGCUUGAUCGUCACAUAAGAUGCUGUGACCCCAAAACCUUACUCUAGAACUAGCUGGGAAACCGAGUCUUGUGUGAUUUGCAUCAUGUUGUUGCCACUCUAGCAAGUGAUUGCAAAUUAUAGAAUAAAUGAUAAAACCCAGUAUGUCCGUCUGUGUGAUUUCAGGAUGAACACAUCCCUUCACUACAUUUUACUUUAUUUUACCAUUGCUUUCGAGUUCCCCCUAAACACUUGUCUAGACCCUAUUGUCUUACAGAAAAGAACAUGAAUGAAAUCCAUGUUAAACCUCAUAGCUUGAGGUUUCUAGAUUCUAA